UACUUCCAAUACCACACAACACUUCUAUUCGAAACAAAGCUGGAAAAGAAAGUUUAAAAAGACGCCAUCUUCUAUUUUGUCUAGAUACUCAACUCUAGAUUUUCGGCGUGCAAGUUUCAGUUGCCUGCCGGUAAUAGCAACAAGGAAUAUGAGGAGGCCGACCUGGUGCCCCGGAGAUAUCGACAUCAUUGUUAUUUCAGAUAGCAAAGCAAUAUCCAAUGCGGUGAUACACAUUGACGGUACAGUUGGGCCAACUGAACGGCCUGACCACGUUCCUGGGUGUACCUGCGAACUCUGUACUAGUUACUAUCAUCCUAGCAACUACUUCCUCCGUGGGACCCAUGUCCAGCUGGAGCUGUCAGGGGAAAUCAACUUCCAAAGAACGAUAUCUGAAUCAAACAGUUCUCCACGCACACAACAGGAGUUGAACUCAGGAUGCCGAAGCUUCACAGAAGAUUCAGGUGCCUAUCAACUACCUAAAGAACAAGUUAAUAUGAUCAUAUGAUCACCAUUGGGCUUCUAAAGCCUUGUUGGGUUGUGCGACUUUUUGAUUAAAGCUGUCGUGCAACCGUAUCACUCCAUCAAAAGAUCUUAUCAUCCCACCUAUAUUCAUAUGAGAAGACCGUUAUUUUGUCUUUUUGAUUCUAUUUACCCAACCUUUUCUAGGAUAAUUUCUG